GACCUCCGAUUCAACCUCUCAUCGCCCUGUCGUGGCCUUCGCCGCGCUCUUCUGCCACCUUGGCUUUGCGAUCCGCGAGCUCGGGAUUUGAGUAUGCGAUACCAGCCUGGCUCCAGUUCGCAACGUCCUUCGGCUUCGCGGCGGCCUUCGUUUGGAGUCGAACCCUGCUGGGGAUUCCUCCGCGUGGGCGGAUGCCAUCCUUGAAGACCUGGCUCAAGCGCCGGCCGCCCUUUCCCAAACGGCCGGAUACCCAAAAGCUGAGGAACCCGGAGGGCGGGGCAAGUGAUGUAGAUAUGAUGAAGCAGCAGGUGUGCUUGCGCCCAGCGACAACUCUCUCCGGCGUAUGGGAGGCUUAUUUGUUCGCCGGCUCGUUUUCCACAAUACCAGCUGCCCUGCAGAUUCUUGAAUUCCCAGCUGCGUUCUUGGACUGGAGACGAAGCGACGGCUUGAUCCCGGGCCUUGCCAACACACCUCCGCCUAUCGAUCCUACGAAAUUGAGGGAAUUGCCUGGGAAUGAGGAUGACGUUGUGAAAGCUUGCGAUGAGAUGAUCGACUCUUAUGGCGGAGUUCUUUGUGCCUUCUACGAGAGCCCGGAGGCCUCAGAACCUGAUCUGCUAGGAACACUGGCCCUUCGGGUGAAAUGGCUCCCUGAUGCUUGCCGCAGCUACGAAGAGGAGGGCUUAGAAAGAGCAAUUGUGGUCCGCACUGUGCCCUUGAAGGCUGUUCUUGAAGGCAAGGGCCUGGAAGCUGUUGCCUACUUGGAGCAGUUUGCGGUUGCACCUGACUGGCGUGGUUCAGGGCUCGCAGCACGGAUGUUGCAGGAAGCCGAAGAACGGGCCCGGUUUUGGGGACUGCAUCUUCUUGCCUUGCAUGUUCAGCGCGACGACUGGCAGCCGCUACGCUUCUACGAGAAGAGUGGCUUUGAGAUCUCUUCGGAUUGGAUGGGCCGUGGGCCUCAAUUUUUUCUACUUGUCAAGUUCCUCUAG